AUGUCGGAGAAGAAAUCAAGCCUUGAUAUUGCGCAAACACCACCUGACCGUGGAGUUGGAGAUGUAGAAGCGAUUGCGUAUGACAAAGAGGUCGAAAAUGAUUUCGAAGUCUUCAAAAAGGGCGAAGGCGUUGAUUUCAGAACCGUCGGCUGGGUCAAAGCAACCGUCAUCUUCCUCAAAAUCAUCUUUGCUACCGGAGUUUUGUCCAUCCCAACGGCCAUGUAUAGUCUGGGCGCUGUAGGCGGAGCACUCUCAGUCAUCGGAUGGGGCGCUUUAAACACCUACACAGCUGUCAUACAGGGAAACUUCAGGAACAAACAUGCCCAUUGCCAUUCCAUCGCCGACAUGGCUGAGCACGUCGGCGGCGUCGUCUGCAAGGAAAUCACCGGCGCUCUCUUCAUCAUCGCCUACAUCCUCUGCGCCGGCUCGGGCAUAAUCGGCGUCUCAACCGGCAUCAACGCGCUCUCCACGCACGCCGCCUGCACCAACUGGUGGGCCUUCCUCGCGACCGUCGUCAUCUGCGCCACCGCCGCCGUCCGCAAAUUCGAAAAGAUCGCCUGGCUAACCUGGGCCGGCUUCGGCUCCAUCUUCACCGCCGUCCUCAUCAUCGUCAUCGCCGUGACGACGCGCUCACGGCCCGCCGCCGCUCCCGCCACGGGCCCCUACGAGCUCGGCUACCACGCCGUCAUGUACCCGGGCUUCGCGGCCGGCAUGGUCGCGUCGGCGUCCAUCUUCGUGUCGUCGGCCGGCACGUCGGCGUUCCUGCCGGUCAUCUCGGAGAUGCGCGAGCCGCGCGAUUUCAAGCGCGCGCUGUACGCGGCGAUGGGGUUUGUCACGGCGUCGUAUUUGGCGUUUUCGCUUGUCGUGUAUAGGUGGUGUGGGAUGUGGGUGGCUAGCCCGUCGUUGGGGUCGGCGGGGCCGACGGUGAAGAAGGUCGCGUAUGGUGUUGGGUUGGUGGGCUUGGUCGUGUCGGCGUGCUUGUAUUUGCACGUCGCGGCUAAGUAUGUGUUUGUGCGCCUGCUGCGUGGGUCGAAGCACCUUCAGGCGGAUACGUUCGUGCAUUGGGCGACGUGGUUGGCGUGCGUAUUUGGGCUUGGUGCGCUGAGCUUCGUGCUCGCGCAGAGUAUUCCGAUUUUUAACUAUCUGUUGGCGCUGACGGGGACGAUUUGCUUCGCGCCGUUGGCGAUUACCUUGCCCGGGUGGUUGUGGUUGUUUGACCAUGGGGAGUGGAGAACAGGAGGGGUGAGGAAGGCGGCGUGGUAUUGGUUUCAUUGGUUUUUGGUGAUACUGGGUCUGUUCUUUUUGGUGGGAGGCACGUAUGGCGUUGUGCAGCAGAUCAUUGAUGCGUAUGCGGAUGGGACGAUUGGCUCGGCGUUUUCGUGUGCGGACAAUUCGGGCUCAACUUGA